GCCAAGAGUGCGCUUCCGGCGGCGGUUGCCAGGGCAACGAAGGAGGUUAGCGCUGUGGCGCCGUGCCGCGCCUCCUGUCCCAGGAUGUUCAUCUACCUGUGCAAGAAGAUUGCAAUUCCUGGCAACGUCCGAUUAAGAUGUAUUUCCUGGAACAAGGAAGAAGGCUUCAUAGCCUGUGGUGGAGAGGAUGGAUUAUUGAAAGUUUUAAGAUUAGAAUCACAGACAGAUGAAGCAAAAAUAAAGGGUCUUGCAGCUCCUAGCAAUCUUUCUAUGAAUCAAACUCUUGAAGGCCAUAGUGGUUCGGUGCAGGUGGUGACGUGGAAUGAACAGUACCACAAAUUAACAACCAGUGAUCAAAACGGGCUCAUCAUUGUGUGGAUCAUAUAUAAAGGUGCUUGGUAUGAAGAGAUGAUAAACAACAGAAAUAAAUCUGUUGUUCGAAGCAUGAGCUGGAAUGCUGAUGGACAGAAGAUUUGUAUUGUGUAUGAAGACGGAGCUGUGAUUGUUGGAUCUGUAGAUGGCAAUCGCAUUUGGGGUAAAGAUUUGAAAGGUACACACCUGUGCCAUGUAGCCUGGUCCUCUGAUAGCAAAGUCUUGCUCUUUGGAAUGGCAAAUGGAGAAAUCCACAUUUAUGACAGUAAUGGAAACUUCAUUGUGAAAAUGAAGCUGAGCUGUUUGGUGAACUUAACAGGAACUUUCCACAUUGCUGGAAUACAUUGGUACCAUGGUGCAGAAGGCUACGUUGAACCAGAUUGUCCUUGUCUUGCUGUCUGUUAUGAGAAUGGAAGAUGCCAGAUAAUGAGAGAUGAGAAUGAUCACAAUCCUGUUCUGAUUGAUACUGGUAUGAAUGUAGUGUGUAUUCAGUGGAACCAUUGUGGAAGCGUGUUGGCACUGGCAGGCUCCCUAAAAGGAACAUCUCCAGAUAAAGAUGUGAAUGUUGUGCAGUUCUACACUCCAUUUGGUGAGCACUUACGCACGCUGAAAGUUCCUGGCAAGCAGAUAUCAGCUUUAUCUUGGGAGGGAGGUGGACUGAAAAUUGCACUAGCUGUUGAUUCUUACAUAUAUUUUGCAAACAUUCGGCCAGAUUACAAGUGGGGUUACUGCUCCAACACGGUGGUUUAUGCGUACACCCGACCUGACCGUCCUGAGUACUGUGUUGUGUUCUGGGACACAAAAAACAACGAGAAGUAUGUGAAAUAUGUCAAGAGCCUGAUUUCCAUCACAACCUAUGGAGAUUUCUGUGUGUUAGCAACCAAAGCAGAUGAAGAUCAACCUCAGGAGGAGCAUGAGAUGGAGUCAAUUGGUGCAACGUAUGUGCUGGUUCUCUGCAAUUCUAUUGGCACUCCUUUGGACCCAAAAUACAUCGAUAUUGGGCCGUUGUUUGUCACAAUGACCAGAACACACGUGGUAGCAGCUUCCAAAGAAGCGUUUUACAUCUGGCAAUAUCGCAUCGCCAAGAAGCUCACAGCAAUGGAGAUUAAUCAGGUGGCACGGACCAGAAAAGAAGGCAGGGAAAGGAUUUAUCAUAUUGAUGACACUCCUUCAGGAUCUGGAGAUGGACACCUUGAUUACAGUAAAGCUUUCGAAGGAACGAGAGAUCCAAUUUGUGCAAUAACAGCAUCUGAUAAGAUACUGCUUGUGGGAAGGGAAUCUGGCACUAUUCACAGAUACAGCCUUCCUAAUGUCGGCUUAAUUCAGAAGUAUACCCUGAAUUGUCGGGCACAUCAGCUGUCUUUGAACUGCAACUCUAGCCGUGUUGCUAUCAUAGACCUUUCAGGUGUUUUGACUUUCUUUGACUUGGAUGCACGAGUCGUAAGCAGUACUGGGCAGCAGGUGAUUGGAGAGCAGCUCAAACUGGAACGCAAAGAUGUCUGGGAUAUGAAAUGGGCCAAAGAUAAUCCAGAUUUGUUUGCAGUGAUGGAGAAAACAAGAAUGUAUGUUUUCAGAAACUUGGAUCCAGAGGAACCUAUACAAACUUCUGGAUAUAUUUGCAACUUUGAAGAUUUAGAAAUCAAAUCUGUUCUUCUGGAUGAAAUACUAAAGAAUCCUGAGCGCCCUAACAAAGAUUACAUCAUCAAUUUUGAGAUUCGAUCAUUACGAGACAGUCGAGCACUGAUUGAAGAAGUUGGAAUUGAGGAAUCUUCCCAGUUCAUAGAAGAUAAUCCACAUCCCAGACUUUGGCGUCUCCUGGCUGAAGCUGCCCUUCAGAAGCUAGAUCUGCAGACUGCUGAACAAGCUUUUGUGCGCUGCAAGGAUUAUCAAGGUAUCAGGUUUGUGAAGCGCCUAGGCAACCUGCAGAGCGAGUCAAUGAAGCAGGCAGAAGUGGCAGCCUAUUUCAGCAGAUUUGAAGAAGCUGAAAGAAUGUAUCUGGAUAUGGACAGAAGAGAUCUUGCCAUUGGACUACGAAUAAAACUAGGAGAUUGGUUUCGAGUUCUGCAGCUACUGAAAACUGGCUCUGGUGACUCGGAUGAUGCCCUUCUUGAACAAGCACACAAUGCUAUUGGAGAUUAUUUUGCAGACCGUCAGAAGUGGUUAAAUGCUGUACAGUAUUAUGUACAAGGACGGAACCAGGAACGUUUAGCUGAAUGCUACUACAUGCUAGAGGACUACCAAGGACUAGAGAAUCUGGCUAACUCACUUCCAGAGAAUAAUAAGUUACUCCCUGAUAUAGCUCAUAUGUUUGUAAGAGUGGGGAUGUGUGAACAAGCUGUUUCAGCCUUUCUGAAAUGCAAUCGGCCAAAGGAUGCAGUAGAUACCUGUGUACAUCUUAACCAGUGGAAUAAAGCUGUGGAGCUGGCUAAAAAUCACAAUAUGAAAGAGAUUGGAUCCUUGUUAGCAAGAUAUGCAACUCAUUUACUGGAAAAGAAUAAAAUCCUUGAUGCAAUAGAACUCUAUCGCAAAGCCAAUUACUUCUUUGAAGCUGCUAAGCUCAUGUUCAAGAUUGCAGAUGAAGAGGCAAAGAAAAGAACAAAGCCUUUGCGAGUUAAAAAGCUUUAUGUAUUAUCAGCUUUACUUAUGGAGCAAUGCCAUGAGCAAAUGCAGAAUGCACAGAGAGGAAAAGUUAAAGGUUCAGAGACUGCUUCAGCUCUGGCGGGUUUGCUGGAAGAAGAUGUCCUUUCUUCAACUAAUCGCUUUGCAGACAAUGCUUGGCGAGGAGCAGAAGCUUACCAUUUCUUCAUACUUGCACAGAGACAGCUCUAUAAAGGUUGUGUAGAUGCAGCACUUAAAACAGCUCUUCAUUUGAGAGAUUAUGAAGACAUUAUUCCUGCAGUUGAAAUCUAUUCUCUUUUGGCUGUCUGUGCAUGUGCAAACAGAGCAUUUGAUACUUGUUCAAAAGCCUUUGUUAAACUAGAAUCCUUGGAAACUCUUAGCCAGGAGCAAAGGCAGCAGUAUGAAGAUCUUGCUCUAGAGAUAUUCACAAGACAUUGUCCAAAGAACAACAAAAAAACUGAUCUGGAUGAUGUUCUCGAGAGCGGAGAUGGGAAGCUUCCUGUAUGUGUUGCAACAGGAGACCCUAUCCUGGAGUAUCGAUUCUGGAUGUGCAGUGUGUGUAAGCAUUGUAUGAAAGCCAAAGAAAGAAGCAAUUACAACUUCUGUCCUCUGUGCCACUGCUCAGCGUAGUGGAGGACAGGACUGCGUGUUCCCAGUCUGUUGCAUCUUAGGAAAGGACCUUCAAAAAUCGUUAUUUCUGUAUGUAUGACAUUUCAAACCACACUGCCAGUUCUGCACUCUCACAGAUAGUGCCACUGCUACAGAAAUGAUUCAAAAUAACAACCUUUCUUCCUCUGUAAGAAAGGCUUAAGAUAACAGCAUUCUUUGAGCCUAAUUUCUGAAUCAUGCAAAGUGUUCUGUUAUAUUUGAGCUCCUUUUCAUUGUUGCAGUGCCAUAGGAAAUGGUUGCAUUUUGUCAAACUGGCCAUUUUUCUUGGAGGGCACAAUUCUUCAGCUGAAACCAUUGUGAUGGAAUUAUACACAUUUUUCUACUACCAUUUUCCUGAAGCCGGCGUUUCUAUUUAGCGACAAGCCUGCUGUUUCAAGAGCCGCCUGUCCCGCAUCCAUCUUACUGCACAACGAACCAACGCGGCUUUAUGUGUAGAAUGACUUUAUUAAAUAUUUUUCAAUUCUGA